AGCAAGGAAUUUGAAAAGAGACAUCGACUCCCUUUCACACGCUGAGGGGGAGGCAUUCACGUUUCCCCAAAUGAGAAGGAGCCACGAGAAAUCAUGAAGUAAAAACUUUGGAAAGCUGCCACUGGAGAUGUUGCACAAAAUCCUGGAAUCUUUCAGGAGUCUCCUCCCAAUCGGUGGAGGUUUGGGGAGCAGCUGAUACAGCAAGGAGGGCUCUUGCAAGGAUUCAAGUUCCAGGAGCCCUGGUGGAGCGGCACAGAGCGGGAGAGUGUGGCGAGAGAAUGAAGACACCAACCGCCUGGGAGAAGCAUGAGGUGGCAGUGCGGCACUCGAUUUAGAGGGCUUCGGCCGGUGGCGGCAGCCCCAUGGGCAGCUCUGCUGGCACUGGCCCUCCCCGGUUGGGUGCUGGCUGUCUCGGCCACGGCGGCCGCUGCGGCCCCCGAGCAUCAUGCCUCCGCGGCCGGCCAGCCGCCCCUGGACUGGCUGCUCACAGAUCGGGGCCCAUUUCACCGCACGCAGGAGUACACCGACUUCGUGGAGCGCUACCGCCAGGGUUUUACCACCAGAUACAGGAUCUACAGGGAGUUUGCACGUUGGAAAGUGAACAGCCUGGCUCUAGAAAGGAAGGACUUCUUUAGUUUGCCAUUGCCUCUUGCCCCAGAGUUUAUCCGGAACAUCCGCCUCCUCGGAAGGAGACCCAACCUGCAACAGGUCACCGAAAACCUGAUCAAAAAGUACGGCACUCACUUCUUACUUUCUGCCACCCUCGGAGGAGAAGAGUCCCUGACCAUUUUUGUGGACAAGCGGAAGCUGAGCCGAAAGUCAGAGGUGGCAGGAAUUGCCCCUAUAGUCGGGGGCGGUGGGAACAGCUCUGCUGUGUCCCUGGAGAUCCUGCACCAGCUGGCAGCCUCCUACUUCAUCGACAGAGAGAGCACCCUGCGACGGCUGCACCAUAUCCAGAUAGCCACAGGGGCCAUCAAGGUCACGGAGACCAGGACCGGUCCCCUGGGCUGCAGCAACUACGACAACCUGGACUCGGUCAGCUCUGUCCUGGUACAGAGUCCGGAGAACAAAGUGCAGUUACUCGGCCUGCAGGUGCUGCUGCCCGAGUACCUGCGGGAGCGCUUCGUGACCGCUGCGCUCAGCUACAUCACAUGCAGCUCUGAGGGCGAGCUCAUCUGCAAGGAGAAUGACUGUUGGUGCAAGUGCAGCCCCACCUUCCCAGAAUGCAACUGUCCUGACGCUGACAUCCAGGCCAUGGAGGACAGCCUGCUGCAGAUCCAGGACUCCUGGGUGACUCACAACCAGCAGUUUGAGGAGUCAGAGGAAUUCCAGGCCCUGCUGAAGCGGCUGCCGGACGACAGGUUCCUGAACUCCACAGCCAUCUCCCAGUUCUGGGCCAUGGACACCAGCCUCCAGCACCGCUACCAGCAGCUGGGAGUCAGCUUGAAAGUGCUGUUCAAGAAGACCCAUCGGAUCGUCCGCCGGCUCUUCAACCUCUGCAAGCGCUGUCACCGGCAGCCCCGCUUCCGCCUGCCCAAGGAGAGGUCUUUGUCCUACUGGUGGAACCGUAUCCAGUCCCUCCUCUACUGUGGAGAGAGCACCUUCCCUGGCACCUUCCUGGAACAGAGCCACAGCUGCACCUGCCCCUACGACCAGUCCUCCUGCCAGGGCCCCAUCCCUUGUGCCUUGGGCGAAGGGCCCGCCUGUGCCCACUGUGCCCCAGACAACAGCACACGCUGUGGGAGCUGCAACCCAGGCUACGUGCUCGCCCAGGGCUUGUGCCGCCCCGAGGUGGCCGAGUCGCUGGAGAACUUUCUGGGGCUGGAGACAGACCUGCAGGACCUGGAGCUGAAGUACCUGCUGCAGAAGUGGGACAGCCGCAUCGAGGUGCAUUCCAUCUUCAUCAGCAAUGACAUGCGCCUGGGCAGCUGGUUCGACCCUUCCUGGAGGAAACGCAUGCUGCUCACCCUGAAGAGCAACAAGUACAAGCCCGGGCUGGUGCACGUGAUGCUGGCCCUGUCCCUGCAGAUCUGCCUCACCAAGAACAGCACCCUGGAGCCUGUCAUGGCCAUCUACGUCAACCCCUUUGGGGGCAGCCACUCUGAGAGCUGGUUCAUGCCCGUGAACGAGGGCAGUUUCCCAGACUGGGAAAGGACUAAUGUGGAUGCUGCUGCCCAGUGCCAAAACUGGACUAUUACCUUGGGCAACAGGUGGAAGACCUUCUUUGAGACAGUCCAUGUUUACCUGCGGAGCCGAAUCAAGUCCCUGGACGACAGCUCCAAUGAGACGAUCUACUACGAGCCUCUGGAGAUGACCGACCCCUCCAAGAACUUGGGCUACAUGAAAAUCAACACGUUGCAGGUCUUUGGCUACAGCCUGCCCUUUGACCCGGAUGCCAUCCGGGACUUAAUUCUCCAGUUAGACUACCCGUAUACUCAAGGUUCCCAGGACUCUGCCCUCUUGCAGCUCAUCGAGCUUAGGGACCGGGUCAACCAGCUUUCCCCACCUGGCAAGGUGCGGCUUGACCUUUUCUCCUGCUUGCUCCGGCAUCGGCUCAAACUGGCCAACAAUGAGGUGGGCAGGAUCCAGUCGUCUCUGAGGGCUUUCAACUCCAAGCUGCCAAACCCUGUGGAGUAUGAGACAGGCAAACUCUGUAGCUAAUGGGGGACCCACUCCAGUGCCGGGCAGGGAGGGGAUCCAUGAAUCCGGGGUGCAAAGAUCUAAGCCCUCACCUUAGUGCCAACGGGGUGUUCCCUUAAGACUGCACCCAGCAGAUGGGACUCGGGGCUUGAACUGAAGCAGGCAGGAGAGAAGGAAACAGCCGCCGCACACAUGCACACACCACGCGUGUGCACACGCGCACACAUUCACAAGGGGAGGCGAGCACUCAGCAGCCUUGUGUCUGUGAAGCCGGUGCUUUCUCAUGAAUGCAGUUGAAGGAGAGGGAGCCAGGGAGAGCUUCAGAAAAGGAACCAGCCCAACUGUGCAACACACAAAUUCUUAAAAGUGAUUCUCAGCAUUCAAGAAAGCAAGAGGGAACAACAAUGGGAGAGGUGGGAGCACCGCCUCCCCCUCCGUGGAGUCACUUUUGUAUUCUUUUUAGCCAGAUUUCUUAAAUGGCGUUGUUUCAUGAUUCCCCACAGUGGUUCUUACUUUUUGUUCGCUGCCUCCUCUGAGCCCUCCAGACACAGACCGUUCCUCAAGCCAGCUCCCUUGGGGAAACAGGAAGCGACACCCACGGAGGACCACUCAGGGCAGCCAGGCAGCCCUGCUGCCCUCCCUCUCCCUUGGCCCCCUUGCUUCCUUGGCCUCCCCAGUGUCAGGGCCUGGCUGGCUCCACGUUCCCCUUGUGGUCCAGCCAGAGCUCCUCUCCCAACAGCAUCUGUUCUGUCCAAGAAAGCAGCUCUGUCAAGUUAGAGACAAUGUAUAAGGAAAUGUUCUUUUUAAAAAACAAAAAAACAAAAAAUAUUUAUUUUGUGAUUGUUUUUCUUGUCAAUCUGCUCCAGCCACAUGAACGUAUGAGUAAAAACUU